AUGACAUAAAAAAAGUAUUUGGAUAAUUUUAUUUAAACAAUAAAAGCUAUUCUUAAAUUUAAUAAGAGACCAGGCAAAUUAAACAUUUCUUAACCAAAAGAUACAAAAAGAUUUAAAGUACUAGUUUUAGGAGAUGGAAAUGUAGGCAAAUCAUAAAUAUUAGAUAGAUAUAUUUCAGAUUAAUUUGACCAUAAAUAUAAACCAACAAUAGCAAUAGAUUAUAAAAAUAAAGUAAUUGAGUAAUAAAAAGAAAUUGUACAAUUAAAUUUUUGGGACUUUUCUGGACAUCCUGAAUUUUAUGAAGUUAGAAACGAAUUUUAUAAAGAAUCAAAUGCAAUAAUCCUUAUUUUCGAUGUAGGAUUAAAAAGAAGCUUAGAUGGCUUAGAUUUAUGGUUAAGAGAAGCUAAUGAUUGUGGAGUGUAAGGACUUCCAACAAUAGUAUUAGGAAAUAAGAAUGAUACUAGUAUAAGGGUUGUUAGUGAAUAAGAAGGAUUUUAAUGGGCAAAAUCAAGGUAAUUCGAUUAUUUUGAUACUUCUGCUUAUAAUGGAAGAGGAAUAGAAGAAGCAUUUAAAGAAUUAAUACAAAAAUUAUUAAAAGCAUAAUGA